AUGCCUUGGACACGUAAUGAAUUGAUGUAUUAUUCGCUCGUCGUUAAGACGCGACCCAGCAUCGUUGGAGUUGCUCGAUACCAUCCCAGCGGUCCGACCAAGCUAUUUCCCCGUCCGUCCGACCGACCGACCGCCCGCCCGCCCGGCCCCGACCGGGCACCCGGCGCGCCUAUCGGGACGCGCAUUGAGCGGGCUGAGACGCUGUCGCGAAUAGCAGGCGAGGACACGUCCAUACCCGUCAGGCGUGCCAACAUGGCCCAGGCGACUUCCCUCAAGGCCGCGGCCGCUUUGGCGGGCAGGUCUGGUGAGCGCCGAGAUGUCAGAUAUCAGCAUCAGCGACAGCAAACUCUCGACGGCGGGAAUCUUGCCUCCGCGGGCAUCCAUCCCACCAACCAAACGCGCGGCUUGUCGCUUGCGCAGAAACUCAAAAUGUGA